AUGGACGAGAACGGAGUGGGGAAGGCGCUGCAGAGGGUGGAGCGACUGUUCGUGCUGCUGGAUCCAAGGCGGAAAACGCUGGACGACACACAUCUCAGGAACGGCUCCUCGGACCUCAAGACCCAAGUCGAAGCGGACUUGAAGGCGUUCAUCGGCAAGUUCGCGCAAGAGUCUGCUCCGUCCACGCCUGCGCCUGCGCCAGUGGUCAACGUCGACACCGCGGACCCUGCUCGCAAGAAGAAGAAGCCUACUUCGAGAUUGGAGCAACGGCGCGCUGCACGUUUGGCGGAGGCAGUGGCAGGCGGUGGUGGUGGCAGCGGCACCACCGAUCCUCAGGCUGCCGGCACGGGCCGGCGCGUGCUGAUCGAGCGAGAGAUGCUGGUAUACUUGGCAGAGCAGCCUCAGGUCGACGUCGAUGACUUCAACCUUCUGGGAUUUUGGAACCGGCGGGGCACUGACAGCGUGUCCGCGGCGACUGGGAAGGUUACGUCUCCGGCCGAGAUGCCGUACCUGGCGUUUAUCGCUCGGUUGCACCUUGGGAUCGAGGCCACCAGCUGCCAGGCCGAGCGCAAUUUUUCAGCGCUCGCUCACCUCAUCGGCGACUUUCGCUGCAACAUGCUUUCGCACAGGGUCGAGCGCAUGAUGCUGGUCCGGCUCAACUAGCACCUGCUUGCCGAGGUUCGCGCGUACGACGCUGCUGUUGCGCGGGCACGAGCUAUGGCCGCCAAUAGCGCAGAGCAAUCCGCGGUUGCACAGGAGGAGAGAGCGAACACGGCGAUUGACGUCCCCUUGUAGACUAGGGUAGCCGAGAGUGUAGAGUAGCCCGCGGUCGUGCAAGAGGGGUGCCCCUGCUGAGUGUGGUUGUGGUUUUGCUGUUUUGUUCGGUGUCCGUUCAUCGUAGUACAAGUAUGUAUUUUGUCUUUUCUGUGUUUUUCGUCGUUCAUGCUUUCUUGUGGCAGUGACUUGUGUCUUUUGCCUUUUGUCUGGUCUCUUGUCUCGUCUUUUUUCUUAGCUUCUGGUCUUUUGUGUUUUGUCUUCUCCAGCUGGUCUUCUGA